GUUUUUCUGUAUAUGGGAGUGUCUUCAUUAAAGGGUAUCCAGUUCUUUGACCGGAUAAAGCUAUUUGGAAUGCCAGCCAAACAUCAGCCAGACCUCAUCUACCUGCGUUACGUUCCCCUCUGGAAAGUACAUGUGUUCACUGUCAUACAGCUUACUUGCCUCGUUCUUUUAUGGGUCAUCAAAGCAUCUCAAGCUGCUGUUGUGUUUCCCAUGAUGGUCCUUGCUCUGGUAUUUAUUCGCAAAUUGUUGGACUUCUGUUUCACCAAACGUGAGCUAAGCUGGUUGGAUGAUUUGAUGCCAGAAAGUAAGAAAAAGAAAGAGGAUGAUAAGAAGAAAAAGGAGAAAGAGGAAGCGGAGCGAAUGCUCCACACGGAGGACAGUGACAAUGUCCAGUUGGCUUAUGAAGGCAGGAGUCUUCUCCAAAUUCCAGUGAAAAGCUUGAAGUACAGCCUUGAUCCAUCAGUUGUAAACAUAUCAGAUGAGAUGGCAAAAACAGCACAGUGGAAGGCUCUUUCAAUGAAUCCUGAAAAUGCCAAAUCAUCCAAAUCUAACCAGAGCCCUGACAAACCAGUAAGUGUAAAAAUCACAAUUGAAGACGGCUCUCUCCGCAAGUACGUGGACGCCGAGACCUCUGUAUAG